UCUACUUCCAAGGCUUUGACACGGAAUAAAGAAACGAACGCACCCUCCUUAUUGACAUUGACGGUGUCUGACGUCAACCAAGAACCGGUGAUUUUUGUUUUGUUUAUAUUUCAUCACGAAAAACAACACUCCUCAAGCUCCAAGAAAAUAUGGAACCUGGUCUCAGUCAAGAGAAAAUUGCCGGCUUUCUCAAGCGCCUGCAGGCAGAGCCCCGCUACCUGUUAGCCCAGAAUGUGUCAACCUGCAUCGACCCACUGGAAGUUUGCCUCCACCGGCAGACUGUGCAGGAUACGGUACACAUCUUUCAGCAUGCUAUCCCCACAGAGGGCAAGCCUGUCACUAACCAAAAAAGCUCAGGAAGAUGUUGGAUCUUUUCAUGUCUCAAUGUCAUGCGUCUUCCCUUCAUGAAGAAGUUAAACAUAGAGGAAUUUGAAUUUAGUCAAUCCUACCUCUUCUUUUGGGACAAGAUUGAGCGGUGUUAUUUCUUCCUCCACGCCUUUGUGGAAACGGCACAGAGGAAGGAGCCAAUGGAUGGGCGCCUGCUCCAGUUCCUUCUCUCCAAUCCAGCCAACGAUGGAGGGCAGUGGGAUAUGUUGGUCAAUCUCAUUGAAAAGUAUGGUGUUAUCCCAAAGAAAUGCUUCCCAGAGGCACACAGCUCAGAGGCAUCCCGCAGAAUGAAUGGCAUUCUCAAUCAUAAGCUUCGAGAAUACUGCUUCAAACUGAGGAGCAUGGUAGACAGUGAAGCAACUGAAUCGGAAAUCUCCGACGCCAUUCACACCAUGAUAGAGGAGGUGUUCCGGGUGACGAGCGUUUGUCUCGGCAGCCCGCCUGAGACCAUCUGCUGGGAGUACCGGGACAAGGAUAAGAAUUUCCAUCGCGUGGGACCCCUCACCCCUCAAGAGUUUUACAGGGUGCACGUCAAACCUCUUUACAACAUGCAGGACAAAAUCUGCCUUGUGAAUGACCCUCGACCCCACAACCCUUACGAGAAGCUGUACAGUGUGGAGUUCCUAGGCAACAUGGUUGAAGGUCGCCAGACACUCUACAACAAUCAGCCCAUCCAGCUUCUCAAAAAGGCGGCCGCAGAUUCCAUAAAAGAAGGAGAAGCCGUGUGGUUCGGCUGUGACGUCGACAAACAUUUCCACGGCAAGCUGGGCAUUAACGAUAUGAACGUCUUCAACCACGAGCUGGUGUUUGGAAUUUCAGUCAAGAACCUCUCUAAGGCAGAGCGGCUGCUAUGCGGAGACUCUCUCAUGACCCACGCCAUGAUCCUCACCGCUGUCACCGACAAGGAUGGAAAAGAGGGUUAUGAAAAGUGGAGAGUGGAGAAUUCCUGGGGAGAUGACCGUGGGAACAAAGGUUACCUCAUUAUGACCGAUGAUUGGUUCUCAGAGUAUGUGUACGAGGUGGUAGUAGACAAAAAAUUCCUCUCUCCUGAUGUCCUGGAGGUCAUGAAUCAAGAACCUGUUCUACUUGCUGCCUGGGACCCAAUGGGUUCUCUGGCCUAACCGUGGAUAGUGGACGGCCAUGUUUUUAACCUCAACCUUUCUUUUUUAAAACCCUUGAUCCUUUGCUCUUAACUCUUAUGAAUUGUCCAUGAAAAGUCUACACACCCCAGUUAAAUUGCCAUGUUUUUAGUUUACAUAAAAAAAAAAAUCUGCCAUUAUUUUUUUUUUUUUUUUUUGAGGGGGAAGUAAAAAUUACAACAGCGAUAAGGUUGCACAACUGUGCACACCCUUUUCCACUAUCCCCAAUAUGGUACAUGUUGGUAGCAACAUCAUCCUGAGGUGAUGCGUUUCUUUAGCAAGAAUAAAGAAGUGUGCUGGAGCCCAUCCCAGCUGUCUUUGGGCGAUAGGUGGGUUACACCCUGAACUGGUCGCCAGCCAAUCGCAGGGGACAGACAGACAAACAUUCACGCAAAUUUCAGUGAAUAGCUAUGCAACACUGAACUUGGUAAUGUCAUCCACUGUCUUUCUUUUAACCAAUAAUAAGCCAAAUUUUAUACCUUUUAAAUUCUUUUUAACCAUUCUCCUCACUGAUAUGAAUAAACAAUGAGAGCUGUCACUUGAAAAAUAUCUGGAAAGGCCGUCUAGAGCAUAAAAAACAUUAUUGGUGAAAAGCUUUUUGAAAUGAUUUAUCUUGUAGAUCACAAAAAAAUGGGAUUCAAACUGGGCUGUGUAAACUUUUUAAAUCGUCUGUAUAUUCCACGUUUCUUUAAAAACAUGCCACUGUUCUAGACAAGAAUAAAUUUCCAUUUUUAACA